AUGUUGCAUGCAAGUGUGGUGUCACCGAACUCCAUUAUGGUAUCAUGGAAACCGCCACUGGAAUCCAAUGGUCGUAUAACGGGCUACAAGGUAUUUUUCACAACCAGACCAGAGGAUACUCUCAGUUCGUGGCUGGUGUCGCGCACAACUCAAGAACGUCAGCAUCUGACCGAUCUCGUUCCAAAUGCAACCUAUUAUCUCAAAGCAAAUGCGUAUAACGCUGCUGGUGAUGGUCCGGUCAGUGAUACUUUUCCCGUAAUAGUCACUCCUGGAGGUAAGUGUUUUAGUCCAUUUGACAUUUUUGCCUCGCAGACUAGAUAUCCUUUCAUUAGAACCAUUUCUUUUUGUCACGUUUACAUAGUCUGCACAUGUAAAAUCUCUUGCCUUUUCCCAUUGAAUAUCCACCUGCCUUCUUGUGUCUUUUAUUUUGGUGGCUCUGAAGAUGGUAAGUUCUUGUUUAGCUCCAUAUUUAAUCGGCCAGAAUGCAUGUCACACAUAUAA